AGCUGGUGCGCAAUAGCACACCUUGUAGUAUUUACAUCAUGUAUUCAAUUCAAAUGUUUCAAAUUGGCGCGUCGUUUCGGGAGCGAAUUCUCAUUGGCUGCUUCCCAGCUGGUACGCUAUAGCACAUUUCACAACAUGGUUUUUGUAUAUGAUUAGUGGCGCCCUCGAUGUACGCGUAUGAAAAACAUUAAUAGAACACGCAAAGUUUCAAUCGAUCUUUAAUACAUCAGAAACGCUUGUAAUAACAGGGAUAAUCUGUAUUUUUGAUAAUAAAAGAUGUAUAUUAAAUAGUAGAUAGUGAACGUAUUUAAUAAUCAAGUUAAUACAGUUUAUCAUUUCGUAUUUCCUGAUUAGCUUUUAUUUACAAACCGACAUCGAUAGUUACCUAAUAAAAAUUCCGCAUUAAAAAAGUUUGGAUAAUAUCGAAAUAUUGAUUUAAGAAUGGUGAAUAUUAAGGAUUUCAAGAAAAAGUUAUCGACGAAAGGAGAUGUGAUAUUUGAACCAAAUUAUAACGAUACUAGUCACGAUUUAUUAAAAUACCUACUGGUGAAAUGUCAAAUUAUCGGAUUGUUUCCGAUGCAUAAUAUCUGUUGUAAAGAUCCGUCGAAUAUAAAGUUUAAUUGGCUUUCUUGGAAAAUCGUCUACACAAUUACAAUUUGUGCAGUUUCGACGAUUUGUUCAUAUUUAGGAUUUUUUUGCGCCUUUCAAAUCUAUCCUGUCAUAACCCAUUUAGUAAUACCAAUGGUUUUUAUGCAAGUAGCAGUCACUACGUUAAUUUCAAUAAACGUAUCGAAAAACUGGCAAAAAUUUAUCACGAGCAUAACUUAUCUUGAAAUGGAAAUUAAUAAAAAAUAUGGCGCAUCGAAAAAUUUACGCAGUUUAUUGAACAUUCUUACACUCGCCGUAUAUGCCAUUGGUACUAUUGAACAUUUGAUGGAAAUUAUUUCAAUUACUUUUAAAACGGGAUCAAGAGGAUUCAUAAAUCAUAUUCAACAAAAAUGCGUUUAUCUAUAUGGUGAAUGUAAUUAUUGUUGGUCUGUAGUAUACGUGGUAUUUUGUAUAAUCAGUUGGGCAGUAUGUGUUACCGUUGACGUUUUCAUUAUCAAUUUAAGUGUGAUAUUUGCGUAUAGAUUCAAACAAAUUGCGGAUUCUUUUAAUCGAUAUAACGAUGUAUUGCAAAUCCAAGAAAUAUCUUCCGUUUACCUCACAGAUAAAACUUCGAAAUAUUAUCAAGAAAUAAGAGAAGAUUACUCUAAACUUGCUUUAGCCGUAUACCAAGUGGACAAAUUAUUUGGAAAUUUGAUAAUUUGCAGUUAUAUUUUCAAUAUUUCAUUGAUUUUGAUACAGCUGUUCAACAGCCUUAGAUAUAUCAAUAGUCAUUUAUAUUCGAUACAUUUCUUCUAUUCGUUUGGUUUUAUAAUAAUGAGAUUGGUUCUUGUUACAAUAUACGGUUCUUCAAUUAAUGAAGAAAGUAAAAAAUUCGCCGCAAUUAUACCCAAAGUACCAGACGAUCACUGGAGUGAAGACUUGCAAAGGAUAAUGGCGCAUAUUUAUUACGAUUCUAUAGCUUUGACUGGUGGACAAUUUUUCAAAAUUACUAGGCGUUUAACACUAAACAUUGCCGCUUCAAUUAUAACUUACGAAUUGAUUCUUAUACAAUUCAAUCAAAGUGCUUUGAAAGAUUUUGUUAAACCAAUAAAUAAUUCAAAUAGUACCGACAGAACCUGCGCUAGUAUCACUUGCACUGGAUCUAUAGUCGGGUCAGCCAGUGCAGUACAAGACAGUGUAAUCAAUUUAGUCCAAAAAAGAACAGAGGUAUUUCUCAACUUAAUCUGCGAAUAUGUAAAUAUGAACGAGUUAAACCGGCAUUUUUUUAUUAUACCAGUAAAUAUGUCAGAAACGCAAGAAGACGUUUUUAUCGUUAAGAAAAACGAAUUCCACGAUUCAAUCAAAUUCAUUAUAAAAUUAGCGCAAUAUUUCGGUGUGAUGCCGUUACAAAAUAUAAAUAAAACCUGGAAUCUAGUUUAUUUCAAAUGGCGUAGCUUUAAAGUCGUUUAUUCUAUAUUAAACGCCUGCGGAGCUUUCAUCAGUUUCGGAUUCUGGUUGGUGAAAUUCUGCGUGGACGGAUUAGUUGUCGAUAAAACUGCGCACAUGGCAUUCUACAUAUCGACAUUUCUCUGUUCGUUGCAUUUAAUCAAAUUAGCUAAACAUUGGAACGAGAUAUUGAAAGAAUGGUCUUAUAUUGAAAUGAGUAUGCGAGGGUAUGUAAACGACGUUAAUUUAAAAAAACGAUACCUGUGGAUGACAGCCACAUCUUUUACUCUCGGAAUAAUUGAACACGCGUUGUUCGUUAUAAACGGUAUAUACGCAGCAGACGCGUGCGCAUCUUAUGUAAUAAGUCCGUUAAGAGCAACAAUGGAAGUUUUAUUCAAUAAUUACUUUUCUUUUAUAACUUUUAAUGUUUGGCUUGGAGUUUUGGUUAAAGUAAUUAAUAUUUUGUCAACUUUCACUUGGAUAUUCACAGACGUUUUUAUCAGUUUAAUAAGUGUGGCUCUAACAGCAAAAUUUAGGCAGCUAGUUGUAAGAUUGAAGAAAAACAAGGUUAUGCACCAAAAAUUUUGGAGGGAAAUCCGACAGGAUUAUCAUAAAUUGUAUAUCCUUUGCAAGAAAAUGGACAAGCAUAUUUCGUUUUUAGUAUUAAUUUCAUAUAUGCACAAUAUAUUCUUCUUGUGUAUACAACUAUACAAUAGCUUAAGGGAAAGAAAAGGUAUAGCGGAAUCUACGUAUUUUGUUUUUUCGUUUUCUUUCUUAGUAUCGAGAAUAAUAGCAGUCUCAAUGUACGGAGCUUGGUUGCACGAUGAAGCUAAAAAACCGAUGGAGUAUCUGUAUAAUGUACCUACGGAAUAUUACUGUACCGAAAUCAGUCGAUUAAUUGAACAAAUGUACACGAAUCCGGUAGGAAUCACAGGAUCUGGAUUUUUUAUCGUAACACGAAAUUUUUUAUUACAGAUGGCUGGAACAAUCGUAACUUUCGAAUUAAUGUUGUUUCAAUUUGCACCGUUGGAUUCAAAAAAUCGAGCUUACAACAGAUCUGAAUCGUGUAUUUAAUAAUAAAAUAUAUUUGGAG